CGGUGUGGGUUGGACGCGCUCGCUAUCUUGCCGCUCUUGUCUCUCGCCUCGCUUGAGAACGCUAGCGAGCACAAACUCCCUCACGCCUUCUUUCCCUCUCUUCGCCUCUUUAUCUGCCUCCCUUCCACCCCAAAAUUAACCUACCUACCUUCCCCAAAUACUUGACUCUAUUCUAGUACUAUUUAUCUAAUUUUUCCCCCGUUCGUUUUACUGCUGAGUUUGUUUGACUUACUUGUUCGUGGUGUGAUCUAGUUAGUGAAGAACUGUGUGGUGUUACCCGUGGCUUCGCUGUCCUCGUCGCUUCAUCUUCCUCCUUCCUCCACUUGUUCUACUGCGGCGCCUUUCGUUCGGCGUGCGGUGUGUCAAGGCCGAGAGAGGCACUUUGGUGGGAAGGCGGAAUAUCUGGGCCACGAGAGGCUCUUCGUGAGAUACUGCACUUCUCGCCUUCUCUCGCCUCGCCUCGCCCUUCUCCGCUCCGUGCCUUUCUCUGCAGAGCUGUUACCUGCACCUGCGAGGGGACAAAAGAGAAUGUAUAUAAGUUUAAAUUACCUUCCUGAAUUACAAGAUUCUUCCACUGUCUAGAUACAUGCUCUGAAUCCUCAAGCGUAAAGGAGAUAUAACAAAAGUGCGUGGCUAUAAUGAGAGCUUAAGUACGUGUUUGUGCGUGUGCGUGUGCGUGUGUGUUGUUGUGCGCCGGUAAAGGACAUGGUAUUAUCAUAGUCCACUCUGAACUGAAGUGACGCAAGGAGUGAUUGGCUGAAGACAUGAAGCAUCAACGUGUUUAAACCGAUGAGAGUCAGGAGAUCCAGCGUGGCCAAGACGUCAGCAAUGGUGCGGUGUUUCUUUGGCAUCACAGCGGCGCAUCACUCCAUGAGGUCCGCUACAACACCCUUGGGAAAGCUCCGUAUACCCUUCCUCAUCCUGCUCGUCACCCUGCCGCUAAUAUGCAGAGGUGUGCAGGGCCAGAGCCAGACGUUCCGAGAGGUGCCGCGUAGCAAGCAGGUGCGGGCAGGGGAGGACGUGCUGUUGCGGUGUGUCGUGGCCCACCAGCAAGGACGCGCCCAGUGGACCAAGGAUGGCUUCGCGCUGGGGUUCGAACGCGGAGUGCCUGGCUACCCCCGCUAUCUGUACCUGGGGGAGGCGAGCCGCGGGGAGCACCACCUGGUCAUCAAGGGCGCCACGCUAGAGGAUGACGGCGAGUACCAGUGCCAAGUGGGUCCAACUGACACCACGCCACCUAUCUGGGCCGCUGCCAAUCUUACCGUCAUGGUGUCACCUACCAGCAUCAGCAUCGUGGGCGUGGGUGACGGGGGCGUGGUGGAGGUGCAGGAGGGACACAUGCUGCGUCUGGAGUGUCUGGUGAAGGGUGCGCGUCCACCAGCAGCCGUCACCUGGUACAGAGAUGCAAUUACCCUAAGGAAAGAUCUGCACCGGGAGGAGGUAGUGCCGUCGAAGGACUCUCUGCGGUGGGACGUGAGGAGCCGCCUGGCGCUGAAGGUGGAGGCGGGGGACGAUGGGCAGGAGUUCUCGUGUCGCGCCCUCCACCCAGCCCUGCAACACGCCCCAACCACCCUCGUCGCCUCCCUCACCGUGGCCGUGCUGCACCCGCCAGACCCACCAACCAUCACCGGGUAUAGAACUGGGGACGUGCUGGCUGUGGGCGACCAUAGAACACUAAUAUGCCAAGUAAAAGGGGGAAGACCACGUCCUUUCGUCACCUGGUACAGACAUGGCCGCCCGUUGACCCACGCCCCCGUCCCCGCCCACCAGCCCACCAGUGCCUCCCUAUCUACUGCCGUCCCGCCCACCUCCUCCACAACCGUUAGCACCACUGCCCGCGAGAGGACCAUACGGGUGCAGCAGCGGGUGACGGCGGCGCGGGAGGAGGACGAGGCGGUGUAUGAGUGCCGCGUGACCAGUGAUCUGCUGACUCGACCGCUCACUGCUAAUGUCACCCUGACCGUACACUAUCCCCCGGAGGACGUGACGAUACUCGGGCCCACGGUGGUAGCAGCGGGACAGCUCUUCACCUCACCUGCCGCUCCUCCCCAGCCAACCCCGCCCACCCUCACCUGGCGCCUCCAAGGGACCCGCAUAGCCUCUGGUGCCGCAGUAGUGAGCGAGGGGGCUGGCGGUGGGUGGGUGACCUCAGCUCAGCUCAGCCACCACAUGCCCAAGACGCCGGACACCACGCAGACCACAGCCCAGUGCCUCGCCUCCCACCCGCUCUCCGGCCACCUUCUCUCCCAGACCCACGUCAUCACCGUCAUCAAGCGUCCCGGGUGGCCCAUGGUGGAGGUGACGGGCGAGGACGAGGUGUUGGAGGGCGGCACGCAGCUCACUGUCACCUGCACCUCCCAGGGCGGCAAUCCUCCCCCAGCCCUGACUCUAUACAAGGCGGGCCAGAAGGUGGUGGGCGUGGAGGACGAGAGCACAGGAGGAGUGACGCGCAUCCGUGCUCAGCUGCACGUCACGAGGGUGGACAAUGGGAAGCAGAUUACGUGUAAGGUCACCAAUCCCGCCACCACCACGCCUAUGACCUCGCACUCCACCAUCAGCCUGAGAUUUCCCCCGACGGAAGUAUCAUCGUGGGUGACGCCGAGCAGUGUGAAGGCAGGCCAGGUAGCGACUCUCACCUGCCAAUCUUCGUCUAGCGUCCCGCCUUCCACCCUCGUCUGGCACUCCAACGGUAUACCCCUGACGGAGACGACCCACACGCAGUCCCAGGGUCUCUAUGGCGGCACUGUUUCCACGUCAGAGGUGGAGGUAAGGGCGACUGCAGAGGACCACGGGCGUGUGUUCACCUGCGAGGCUGCCAACGGUCUGGGCGUCGCUAGCAACACAACGCUGGUUCUGGACGUGAUCCAUGGGCCGAUGUGGGUGUGGGCGCCUGAAGGGAAGGUGGACGUGACAGAGGACGAGGACCUGAUCAUCACAGUGCUCGCUACUGCCAAUCCGGGCCCUGUAAGGUACAGCUGGUGGCGAGGUCCCGAGGCGCUGCAGAAUGAGGGCCAUGGUGACAACGGGGGAGAACUAAGACUGCCUCGUACCUCCCGCCGCCUCACCGGGAAUUACACAGUCAUUGCCCGCACCUCGCAGGCUGCCAUCAACUCCUCCUUCUCCAUCAACGUGCAGUAUGGGCCGGAGGACUUACUAGCAGCUAAACGUGUGACGGUGGACGAGGACAGCGCUGCUACCGUGCUGUGUUCUGCCGCUGGCAAUCCACCGCCCAACAUCACCUGGGUGAGGGAGACCGCGGACACCAGACCUGAAGUCAUACUGUCGUCUGGGCUGGGGGAGGCCCGCCUGGUGCUGGAGUGGGCCCGCAAGGAGGACACGGGCCUCUACCUCUGUUACGCCUCUAACACCAUCGACUCGCCUCCCCCGAUCUCCACCGCCAUCGUUGUCACACAGGCUCCCGAGUCUGUGUCCAGCAUCACACAAACAGGAGAGAUCGAGCGCCGCUCUUUGGCGCCUAUAGGGGGAAGGGGCGUGUUGGAUUGCCGCGUAAGGGCCGCACCCACGCCCACAUUCACCUGGACAGCGGGCGACAAGGAAAUUUUCUCAGAUGGAAGGAAAUACAUCAUCCACGUGCCACAGCUGGUGGAUGACGUAAUAGAGUGGUCGUCGCUGCUGGAAGUGAAGAGUGUUACUGUGCGGGACUAUGUGAACUACACCUGCGCCGCCCACAACUCACAGGGCUCCCACUCCGUCUCCUUCAUCCUCACGCCGCCCAUCCUGCCCGCCGCGCCCAUUAGCUUCAACGUGAGCAUCCAGACUUCAAGUUCUGUCAUUGCCUCCUGGAUCAACAAUCCCUCGGGUGCUGCACCAGAUGGGUUCCUGCUGCAGUACCACACCACAGACGGCAGCAGCAACGAGCUCCUGGAUGUCCAUGGUAGCAAUACAACAAGGACCAUCGUCAAGGGUCUCACUCCUGCAGCAGAGUAUUCCUUUGUCAUCCAAGCCUACAAUGACCGAGGCCACUCCAACCACACCUCACCGCCUGUCAAGAUUACAAUGCUGGGUGGGUUGGAGGAGGCAGCGGUGGGGAGCAGUGUAAGUGGCCAGCAACCACGAGUGUCCCGCCUCAUAAUGCUCCUCAUCUGCCUCACUGCCACAGCUCUCUUUGUCCUCAACAUCUCCAUCAUUGUCUGCUUCCUGAGGCGGAGAGCUCUGAAAAGAAAUGUUUCGGCUUCAUCAAGCAAGACCACCGCUCUGGAGGUCUACACACCAACCUCAGGGACCCUGACUCAGGGAGACGAGUUUCCCCUCACGUCUAUAAGUGAAGGUCCUCCUCCUGAGUAUCAGUCUAUUGACAGUCAGACACGACUGGAGGAAAGUGAGCACACCUGCCUCAUCAACUCCCACACAAAUUCCAACACACCUGAACCUCUGCCUCCUUUCUCUGGCACCUCCUCACGGUCCAGGAGCUCCAGUCCACUGUUGAAUGGAGGCGUGAGUGGGAAGAGUGACAUAUUUCUUCUUGAAAAUGACAAAGUAUCUUCUGAAGACAAAACAACUAUAGUUGCUUCAGCAAGCCCACAAAGACAUGAAUAUGAGCAAUUUCAAGAGACAAGAAAUGUUAUCCAUUCCACAAAUAACCCUGAUGUUUGUCCCACAACAUCGGACAGUUGUGAUCCUUUACUAGAACAGCAAGAAACAUUUAACCCUUAUGAAGAUGAUCGAAUCUCAAUAGCAUCAUCCCAGCACAGCAGUGAGUCUUAUGGCUUCUCCAAGAGACCCCACAACAUAAGUUCUGUACAAUACCAGAUACCACGACAACCCACUCAGGUCAUAUAUCACGGCCAGCCACAUCUUCAACAGCAGCUGGAGGAAGAACAACAGCUGUACCAGAAGAUGCCAAUGUGCUACCACCUUCCCUCACACUCUCCUCAGUACAAUCAGCCCCAUCAACUGACACCUAUGAGACCAAGCUUCAGUCCUUCAAUCCAGAUAGAAGCUUCAGGUUUUUGCGAGGACAGCUGUGAACAGAUACAGGAGACAGCAGGCACAUCAGGAGCAUAUCCAACAAACCAGCCACGCAGGAGUUGUCUUAAGCCAUCUCAGUACAAUGCUCUGCAGCGCUCCCACUCAGUGCACAGCUACAGUUACAGCAGCCUUCAGUGUGUACACCACCACCACCUGGGUGUAGACCAGUGCUGCACAGGCAGCUUUUACAGUAACCCACAGCUGAAUGCCUCCCAUGCAGCUGUGUGUGGGAAGGCUAAAGAGUAUCCUGUCUAUUACUCAAAAUCAAGAACUAACAUCCCUAACUGCACCAGACACAACAGUAUCAGUGGCUACAUAGGAUACAAGAGCCAUCUUCAUCCCGAUGACUACAGCCCUGUGCCUCCUGACCUGUGUAAAAUGACUUCCUCAGGCACAAAAAGAGUCGGCUGGAAAGAAGUUCUUCACGAGGGCUCAGAGUCCACAAUGCUGCCCUCUCGAGGCUCUACAGACACUUCCACUUCCUCCACCACUUCUACCAUCACCCUGGGUCCAAAGCAUCCCUCAAGUUGCUCAAGGCAAGAUAGUAUAAAAAGCAAUAAUACAGUCAAGUUAGCUAACACUGAUAAGAAAAUUCAUCCAAUAGACGAUCAAUAGAAAAUAUCUAAUCAAAGAAUAUAAUGUAUACCAAAUAAGAAAAUUUUUUCAAGUAUCAUAUGGAUUUUAGUGUCUGAAACAUUAGUAAACAUACUGACACUCUUAAUUUUACAAUAUGUACCAAGUACCACUCUGUUGAAAGCUUGAAUUUUACUCAACUCCUAAAAUUUGGGUACAUACAUGUACUCCUACACUUUAAGAGAAAGGUAUAGAGGGAAAGUUGUGCAGCUUGCAUCAUGAAUUACUCUCACUGCCGACCAUGAUUAUGAUCUUUCUUUUAUGUUGAAAAUGAAGAAAGGGGUUCCUAUCUACACUU